AUGGGUUCAACAACUGCCGAGAAAGAAGUGAGGGAUGUCGCUGCUGAGUCUGUUGACACACAGGUCUCGCAGCAGAGUCGCUGGCGAUCGGUAUACCGAUCCAUUCCUUUCCAGAUCGCCAUCGCUAGUGCUGUUUCCUUCACUGCCCCUGGCAUGUGGGAUGCCUUGAACAAUCUGGGAGCCGGUGGAGCUGCAGAGCCAUAUGCAGUUUCCGGAGCGAACGCUCUGGUCUAUGGUCUUUUCGCAGUCGUUUGUGUCUUGGCUGGAGCUAUUAACAAUCGCAUUGGUCUUCGCUACGGCCUGGCCCUGGGGGCGAUUGGUUAUCCAAUCUAUGGCGGUGGUCUAUAUGCCAACAGCUACUCAUCAACCACUUGGCUGAUGUUCUUCGGAGCUACCCUGUGUGGUAUCUCUGCCGGUUUCUUCUGGGCUGCGGAGGCAGCUAUCAUUAUCGGUUAUCCUAGCCCGAAGGACCGUGCUUUCUACCUUGCUAUCUGGCAGACAGCAAAGGCCGCUGGUCCCAUCGUCGGCGGUGCUAUCAGUCUCGGCCUCAACGCCAAGAACUCCGAUAAAGGCACCGUCAGCACCGGAACCUACAUCGUUUUCAUCGUCAUCAUGUGCCUUGGUCUCCCUAUUUCGCUCUUCCUGAGCCCCGCCGAUAAGGUUCAGCGCAAGGAUCGCACUCUGGUUGUUGUUCACAAGAAGGCCAGCUGGGCUGCCGAGUUCAAGGCCGCUCUUUCGCUCUUCAAGACCCGCCGAGUCCUCCUGCUUUUGCCCGCUUUCUUCAUCAGCUAUUUCUACAACGGCUUCAUGAGCACCUGGGUGACCAGCUACUUCACCGUCCGGGCCCGCGCUUUCAACUCAUUCUUCACCAACUUCGCCGGUGUCGCAUCCUCUUUCAUGAUCGCUGCUCUACUUGACCGGCAAUCAAUUUUCAUCAAGACUCGCGCUCGCAUCGCUUUCAUCUCGAUCGUUGUCGUUCUUACCGGAACUUGGAUCUGGGCAUCAAUUCUCCAGAACCAGUUUUAUGGUAUGCCCGAAGCCCCUCUCUUUGACUGGUUCAAGGGUGGUUUCGGAAAGACCUAUGCCUUGGUAUUCUUCUGGCAGUUCGGAGGACAGGCUUUCCAACAAUUUCUCUACUGGCUGGUUGGACAGUACAGCACCGACAUUUCGUCGCUCUCAUACCACACCGGUAUUCUUCGCGGAAUGGAGGCUCUCGGCCAGACCGUCGCCUGGGCCAUGCAGUCCGAGGGCAAUGCCAACCACUUCGUCAGCAUUGGCUUGAACUUCGGAAUCACUCUUCUGUGCAUCUUCCCCACGUGGCUUGUCCUCUCCGAUUUGGAGCACAGCCACGAGGUGACAGUCACUGCUGAAGACUUGCAAGAUGAUACCACCAAGCCAGUCUAA